GCGGGCAUCGCUGGGAGGCGGAAGCAGCCGCAGGCAUGGCGGCGGCCUUGCCGCUGGCCGUGCUCGUGCUGCUGCUUCUGGGGCCGGGGGGCAGGGGCCAUGCAGAGCCCCCACGCGACACCCUGCGAGAGGAGCUUGUUAUCACCCCGCUGCCAUCUGGGGACGUAGCCGCCACAUUCCAGUUCCGCACACGGUGGGAUUCCGAUUUGCAGCGGGAAGAAGUGUCUCAUUAUAGGCUGUUUCCCAAAGCCCUGGGGCAGUUGAUCUCCAAGUAUUCUCUUCGAGAGCUGCACUUGUCAUUCACACAAGGCUUCUGGAGGACUCGGUACUGGGGGCCACCUUUCCUGCAGGCCCCAUCAGGUGCAGAACUCUGGGUCUGGUUCCAGGACACCGUCACUGAUGUGGAUAGAUCUUGGAAGGAGCUCAGUAAUGUCCUCUCGGGGAUCUUCUGCGCCUCUCUGAACUUCAUCGAUUCUACCAACACGGUCACUCCCACUGCCUCCUUCAAACCUCUGGGGCUGGCCAAUGGCACUGAUCAUUCCUUCCUGCGCUACGCUGUGCUGCCGCGGGAGGUCGUCUGCACGGAGAAUCUCACCCCCUGGAAGAAGCUCUUGCCCUGUAGCUCCAAGGCAGGCCUGUCUGUGCUGCUGAAGGCUGACCGCUUGUUCCAUACCAGCUACCACUCCCAGGCGGUGCACAUCCGUCCUGUGUGCAGAAAUGCGCGCUGUACCAGCAUCUCCUGGGAGCUGAGGCAGACCCUUUCCGUGGUGUACGAUGCCUUUGUCACAGGACAGGGGAAGAAAGACUGGUCCCUCUUCCGGAUGUUCUCCCGAACCCUCACAGAGCCCUGUCCCCUGGCGUCAGAGAGCCGAGUCUAUGUGGACAUCACCAGCCACAACCAGAACAAUGAGACGUUGGAGGUGAACCCGGCCCCAACCACCACAUACCAGGACGUCACCCUGGGGACCCGGAAGACCUACGCCGUCUACGACUUGCUUGACACAGCUGUGAUCAACAACUCCCGUAACCUCAACCUCCAGCUCAAGUGGCGGAGCCCUCCCGAGCAUGAGGCCCCUCCGGCGCCGUUCCUGCACGCCCAGCGAUACGUGAGUGGCUACGGGCUGCAGAGCGGGGAGCUGAACACGCUUCUGUACAACACUCACCCAUACCGGGCCUUCCCCGUGCUGCUGCUGGACACUGUGCCCUGGUACCUGCGGCUCUACGUGCACACCCUCACCAUCACCUCCAAGGGCAAGGAGAACAAACCGAGUUACGUCCACUACCAGCCCGCGCAGGACCGGCUACAGCCACACCUCCUGGAGAUGCUGAUCCAGCUGCCGGCCAACUCGGCCACCAAGGUCUCCAUUCAGUUUGAGCGGGCGCUGCUCAAGUGGACUGAGUACACCCCGGACCCCAACCACGGUUUCUAUGUCAGCCCAUCUGUCCUCAGUGCCCUUGUGCCCAGCAUGGUGGCAGCCAAGCCUGUGGACUGGGAGGAAAGCCCCCUCUUCAGGUCCCUGUACCCGGUCUCCGACAGCUCUAGCUACUUUGUGCGCCUGUACACGGAGCCGCUGCUGGUGAACCUGCCCACGCCGGACUUCAGCAUGCCCUACAACGUCAUCUGCCUCACAUGCACUGUGGUGGCCGUGUGCUAUGGCUCCUUCUACAAUCUCCUCACCAGAACCUUCCACAUCGAGGAGCCCAGCACGGGUGGCCUGGCCAAGCGGCUGGCCAACCUCAUCCGGCGUGCCCGUGGUGUUCCCCCACUCUGAGAUUUGCCCCCUGCGCAGUGGGGCUGCUCUUGCUCCCUGGGGAGGGCUGCUGGUGGCCCCAAGGGCUCUUUCUGCCACUUGCUCUCUCCAGAGUUGGCUUGUAAACCAAACUGACCCUGG